GAGAGAUACUGUUGAACUGUCAUUUUAAUUGACAGCAGCAGCUAGAUUGGUGGUUUUCAUUAAUUUCUUCACACACAAAUUGUUGAAUUAAAUCUUUGCCAAAGAUAUAUUUAUUAAAUUAAUUAAAAGAUGGCCAACACAAUUGUCAAUAAAAUUCUCCUAGUUGCCGGUUUUGCCAGUUUAUUGCAUGCCGCAUAUUCGGCAGCUCAUUAUCGUACAUAUUUGCGGCUAACUGAACAGGAAUUCACAAAACUACCAUUGGAUAUUGUCGUUCAAACCGUUGUCAGUUUGAUUGUGGUCAUUUACAAUGUCAUACAGAUUGUAGGCAAUUUCAAGGAGAUUCGUGCAACCGUUGAUAUGCAAGGCAAGUCCUGGGAUACAUUGGGCAACUUCCCCUCAUUCUAUACAUUUAAUCAUCGCGGCAAAGCUCUGUCAUCAACCUAUGUGCCCGAAGAGGAAUCGUCGGAGAGUGGCAAAUCCAAAAUGGAUUUAAUUUCUUAAGAAACACUCAAAAUUGAUUUAACAAAGAUUUUAGUUCCAAGUAUAUAAUUAAAUAAAUAUGACUACGUUAUUAA